GUUUAGUUCAACAGCCGAUUGACUCCGAGUAUACACAUCCUGGGACUUCCAUCUCUGUUAUAAUCCGAUCCGUUCCCAUCAUGUUAGUUCGGGCACCUGGAUUAUGCCUCUCAAGACCUUUCCCCCGAAUGCCUUUAAUAAUGUAUACUCUUUAUCGCUUACUGUCUCUCUCGCAGCGAUAUUAGCAUUCUGGCUCUUCCCUCGCAAUCGUAACUUUCCUCCUAGCCCAGGGCGCGCACUUCCCUUCCUAGGCCAUCUACAUAUCAUGCCAACCAAGAAAACCUGGCUCACCCUCUCCCAGUGGUCAAAGGAGCUAGGGCCAAUUUUCCAUCUCAAUAUCGCUGGCCAAAAUAUAGUUGUCCUUGGAAGCCACAAGUUAGCCUCGGAUCUUCUGGAUCGUCGUUCAGCGAUCUACUCGGAACGCCCCCGUAACAUCGUUGCGGGAAAACUUAUCAACGGGGGUAUGGUGUUCGCAUUUGAGUCCCAUAAUGCAUUCUGGAAAAGAAACAGGCGUGCAGCCCAAGAGGCUUUGACCAACGCAAAGAGGUACCAUCAUAUACAAGAGAGGGAGGCCUAUAUUCUUUGCCACCAAAUGUUGCAAAAGCCAGAUUAUUGGGAUGACCAUCUCCGGCGAGCUAGCAGCUCCCUAAUGCUCGGCAUAAUCUAUGGUCUGCCGCCAAUGUUAGACUCGUUGGAUCCAAAUAUCCGACGCGCUAAUGUCUACGUGCAGAACACAGUCGCGGCUGCCGUUCCCGGUGCCUUCUUGGUGGAAUAUCUACCUUGGAUGAUGUACCUGCCCAGGUGGAUGUGCGCUUGGAGACGUUAUGCAGAAGGCCUCUUCGCCAGGGAUUCUGUCUUUUUCGAACAAUUAUUCUCUGAUGUUGUUGUUCGUGUACACAAGGGAACUCAGAUUCCGAGUGCCGCCUCCUCAUUCUAUGAAAACAAGGAGAAACUAGGCAUGACAGACAGAGAGGCUGCAUGGUGUGCCACGACGCUAUAUGGAGCAGGCGGGGAUUCGACGUCCGGUCAGAUGUCUUGGGUUUUAUUGAGUCUUGUUCUUUACCCUGAUGUGCAGAAGAAGGCUCAAGAAGAAGUCGACCGUGUAGUCGGUAGGGAUCGUAUGCCAACAUUCAAGGACCUAGAUCCGGAACAAAUGCCUUACCUCAACGCGUUCCUCAGGGAAAUUAUGCGAUGGAGACCUAUUGCUCCAUUAUCCAUACCACAUAGGCUGAAGCAGGAUGAUUACUACGAAGGAUAUUUUUUACCGAAAGACACAGUUGUCAUUCCCAAUGCCUGGGCGAUGAACCAUGACGAAAAUGUCUGGGGUCAUGAUGCCGAAGACUUCAGGCCAGAACGACACCUCAAUGACGAUGGGAAGUUGAAACAAGCACUACCUGAUACGCAUGAAGAAUCUCAUGUUACUUAUGGUUAUGGUCGUAGAAUAUGUGUGGGUCGAAACGUCGCGAACAAUUCAUUGCGCAUCAAUACAGCAUGUGUUCUGUGGUCUUUUAAUUUGAGGCCUAGCACUGACGAUAAAGGAAACUUCAUGCUUCCGGACCCGCAUGCGUACCUUGACGCAGGUCUUGCGAUACGUCCCGAACCAUUCUUAUUUUCCCUUGAACCACGCCAGUACGACGUUAUUACAAGUAUCGCCCAUACCGUGGAAGCUAGCCUCGGUCUGACCGUGUAGAAUUGUGGCGACGGCAACACCAUGUACAAAUUGGAGACAUUCACCUCUAUGUUUUUUUAUCUUACGAUCCUUAAUGAAGACAUGAGUCUUUCGAUGCCGUCAAGGAAGUGUUCGCCUUAUCACAGAUGUGUCGAGAGAAGUCAAUACUUCAAUGAUGGCGGCGGAGAUAGCACUCUCGGGACCCACGCCUAAUGAAAGUACCUAAUAUUGAAUCUAACCGU